AUGUCUCUCGCGUUUGACAUUUUUGCGGUGGGAUUACAACUGGGCCAGCAUGUGGACAACUUUGCUGAUUCGAACCGACCGCCGACCGCCGACCAAUCACAGCCUGCCUCGAGUGGGCAAACAGCCCAGCCACAAUCACCAGUCCCACUGUCCACUUUGCCCAUCCACCCCUCCACUCGGCAGCCUCCUCAUCUCCCAGCUGCUGGAGGCUCUCACUCUCUGUCUCCUCCUCUCUCCGCUUUGCCGCAACUACCGCUACUCGGGCCUGUUCGCGUCCAGGCCCUUACGGCGCCGUCGAGCUAA